AUGGCCGCCUCCGCCGCGGACGGGUUUUUCCGGGGAGUAUACGAGGGAUGCAUUUCCGGGCACGAUAACGACGUCCAACGGCGGCCGUACCACCGGAACUGUGGCUGUGCGAUUCAUGACAAGUCGUCCUCGUCGUCUUCGUCACCUAAAGCAGCAUGCACCCACCGGGGGAAGAGCAACAAUGUGUCGUAUCCUUUAAGAAGGGCUUGGAGUGAGAGCUGCCUGGCCAUGGCUGCUUAUAAUAAUUCCGCUCAUUCCUCUCCUUCUUCUUCUCCGGCUACCGCCACGACUCUGGGAAACUGUAGGCCUCAUCAUCAUAAAAUGGGAUUGACAGAUCUGGAAGAGGAAGAUUAA